AGUGGCAGCUGCAGGCCUCCUCUGGGCUCCCGUGUCAGGCCGAGCUGCAACCGCCAGCAGCCCCUGGGUUGGGACGCGAGCCUGGAGACUCAGUUCCGGAUCCUGGGAGUUCCACCUGAUGUUCAAGCGGGUCCAUCUCCGCCGCGCCCCAGGCCAAUUGCUGAGAUCUGAGGUCCUCUUUCCCCUUUCCUCUGUGAUCCCUCCGGUCUGCGGAGCGUCCCGGUUUCCCCUUGCUGUCUCUCUGUCUCUGCCUGUCACUCACUCUCCUCUCUGGCUUUGGACCCUCUGUGUCCUCCCUUCCUUUGAGCUCUAGACCAGCAAGGACCUUUCCUACAGAUAGGUCUCUCCUCCACCCCUCCCUUAUCAAUUUGUGCAUGCUAUUUCAACCUUACUUUAGUGACUAUUCCCUUUAAGCUUCCUGUACUCCAAAGUCUUGCUACUUCUGUCUCCCUGACUGUGUUUAACCCUGGUGCCAUCGUGUCCUGCUGAUCUCCAAACUCCAGAACUUCCUGACCCCUUGACUUCUAACCCUCAACACUCCUUUCCUUCCGUUCUUCUUGAACUUGAGCCUUUCCUGACCUCCACCUUCCCUCCUUCCUCCACACGCCCCAUCCCCGCAACCCCCCAACUCUUCCCUCAGCCUAGCAUCUAUCCCUUUGUCGACUCUUUGACUUCUAGUCCAGCUCCUACAGCCUGCCAGGAGCCAUGGACUUCCUGCUGAGUGGCCUGGCUGCCUGUGGAGCCUGUGUGUUCACCAACCCUUUGGAGGUGGUGAAAACCCGAAUGCAGUUGCAGGGUGAGCUCCAGGCACCAGGCUCUUACCAGCGACACUACCGAAAUGUCUUCCAUGCCUUCUUCACCAUUGGGCGAGUAGAUGGGUUGGCUGCCCUGCAGAAGGGCCUGGCCCCUGCCUUAGUAUACCAGUUCUUAAUGAAUGGGAUAAGGCUGGGGACUUAUGGGCUGGCCGAAGCUGGGGGUUAUCUCCUUGACUCCAAUGGGAACCACAGCCCUGGCCGUAGUGCUGUUGCCGGGGCCCUUGCUGGAGUUACGGGUGCCUACAUAGGGAGCCCCAUCUACAUGGUGAAGACACAUCUACAGGCACAAUCAGCCUCUGAGAUUGCAGUUGGGCAUCAAUAUAAGCAUCAGGGCAUGUAUCAAGCACUGUCGGUGAUUGGAAGAAAGCAGGGCCUG